AUGACAACCGCAACGACAACAAACAAAAUACCCGCGCGUACGAAAGCCCGUCAUUUUUCGGCAACGUAACUAUCAAAUUGGAGCGUUAAAUGCGGCAAAAUCUUUACGGAACAUGAGCUACGGUAACCGGGAUAAGCGUUCGGGUCCGAUCAGAUCGAGAAGCGCGUCGAGAAUUGAGUCCGGAACAGAAAAAAAUCUGCCAAAAUGGUUGGAGGAUAUAACAAGUGCUGUUUCAAAGGAGACUUCCGCUCCAGACUCGUCGAUAAAAAUAUUUCCGGACCCAUUCGGUGCGUCACUGAGCAGUUCCGAGAUUCCUCAUCGGAUUCCUCACUUGCAGGGCAAAAUUGAAGUGAUAAACGAAAACCAAAAACACACUAGUUCCGCUAAAUACGGACGCAGAUCCUCCAUAACUGCCGAGUUAUACGAAAAACAUUUACCAGAAUACGUCACUCUGACCGAGUCCGGGACUUAUCUGGUUCCUAAAUUGGAUCAAGCGAUUCAUUUUGAAGCCGAACAAUCGCGGAAAAGCUUAAACGAAUUUAGCAGAUUGAAUAGGGGCCGGCUUAACAGUUUGUCCGCGGAGUCUAGUCCUAAAAAACUCAUUGACUUUUCCGUGGUCUACAACAGCCGUUCCUCGGUUGCUUCCGAACUUUUAAGUGCGAAGCAGCCCGUGGAGAGAUGUCGCAGUGAAAUGACUCACUAUGGGGCGUCGCCCGAAUAUUGGAAAAUUAAAGGAGAGUCUGAAAAAAAUGAUGUCGGAACCAACUUAAAAGCCUACGGGGUUACUAAAUCGAGGUCUUCGGAUAGUGUGUAUGGAGAAGUUUUCGAUUAUAAUACACAGAUUAACAGUUUAAAGGAAAAUAUGGAAAAAAUUAGAUUCGACAGCGUAUUCGAAAAACGCAUUAGCGACUACAAAUGUAGAUUGAGAGAGGAGGAAGAAAUGAGGGAAGUAAUAAUUAACCAACUCCUGUCGGAAAAUGAACGGAUAACCAGCGGACGGAUCGGAAAAAACGGCAGGGAACCGCGAUUAUACCGAAAAAAUUCAAAAUAUAAAAGCAGACAAUCGGGAAGGAGGACCAGUUUACCUCAAGACCAAAAUUUCUACAAAGAACGCGACGUGGUUCCACGUUUUGAGUUUAUCAUACCAGAGUUGCCAAAAGGAAAGAUGUUGUUAAUAGAUAUUCUUUCGACGUGGGGUGAUAAAUAUUACGUGGGGUUAAAUGGUAUCGAAAUAUUUUCCGACACCGGCAACCACGUGCAAAUUGAAAAAAUAACGGCAGAUCCGUCCGACGUGAAUAUACUGCCAGAGUGCCAAAACGACCCCCGUGUGAUUUCAAAUUUACUCGACGGUGUAAAUAGAACCCAAGACGAUAUGCAUAUAUGGUUGGCCCCUUAUUAUCUGGGCCGUUGCCACACAAUUUCGAUACAGUUUUUCGAGGAAACUACUCUAGCUAUGAUUAGAAUAUGGAAUUACAAUAAGUCAAGGAUUCACUCCUAUAGAGGCGUAAAAGAUAUCGUAAUUUUUCUGGACGGUGUGCCGAUAUUUAAAGGGGAGAUUGCCAAAGCGUGCGGUGGGAUCCUCGGGGGAAUACAUCACUUUGGAGAUAUUUACUUUCAGACAAUUUUAUUUACUACUGACGAGGUAAUCCUGGAGAAAAUCUCCAAAAACGACUCGUCAUUCCCGACGUUAACUUCAGAACCACCGACGCCCGCAAACAAAUCCGACAGACCUCCGACUUCGAUUGUCUUAUCUGAAGUUAGGCCUGUGACCGGCACAGCCCUGAAAAAAGCAUCCGAAACCAGUGAUUCACCAGAGCAAAUUUUGAUCGGUGCCAAACGACUCGAUUUGGUGCUGUUAGAGAACUGGGGUAACCCUUUGGCGAUUGGUCUUACCGGAUUAGAAAUUAUCGAGGGAACUGAUCGGACCUUAAGAAUUAGUAAAGAGAACUUAUCAAGCAACGUAGACCGGGGACAUUUGGGGAACCUUAUUAACGGUAAAAACGUUACCGUUAAUCCAAAAAACAUGUGGUGCGUACCUUUACAGGAUGGUAUUGUGAUUAGUGUUGAUUUGGUUGAUUUAAAGUAUAUUUCGGGCCUCAGGUUGUGGAAUUAUAACGAAAGUCUGGACCUUUCUUACGUCGGAGUAAAGAGCUUGAAAAUCGUCGUAGAUGGCGAAACACUUUUGAAUCCUGGCACCAAUGACCAAAUAUUUUUAUUGCGUCGAGCUCCGGGUAACACCUAUUACGAUUUCAUUCACGAUAUAAGAUUUUUUGGUCCUGUACAAAUUCCGCCAACACUCGAAGAUCCUUCUAGUUGCGUGGUGGGUUUCGUUGUCGAAUUUAUCGUAUAUUCAACGUGGGGAGAUCAAUAUUAUUGCGGACUCAACGGUUUAGAGUUGUACAACGAAAGCGGCCAGAUGAUAAUACUGCACGAUCAAAAUAUUUGCGCCUACCCGGAAAGUGUCAACAUUCUACCCCACGUCAACGGCGACGUGAGGACGCCCGAGAAACUCAUAGACGGAGUCAACGAAGACGAUACGGGGUCGCAUUCUUGGCUCGCGCCAGUGAUUCCUAAACUCUUAAGUAGAGUGUAUGUCAUUAUGGAUGUUCCGGUUGCUGUAUCUUUCGUAAAAAUUUGGAAUUAUUCGAAAACGGUGAACAGGGGAGUCAAAGAUUUCGGGAUUUUAAUCGAUGACCUUCUCGUUUACAACGGUACGCUGGCCAUGCAUUCGGAUAAAGAAGAAAGGUGCCAAAUAGUAUUUCUAAACGAACAAGAUGAUGAGGGCAGAAAAACUUCUAGAACACCCCAUGGCGAAGUGAUUUUAACAAACCAAAUGAGCGGUAAUAUCAGGGUGGAUCAAAAACUCAGACCAUUAACUUGCAUUAAUCCUUGUGCAUGAAAUGGAAUUUACAUAUUAUAUUUUCACUUCAGUAAAACUUACGCAGAGAUUUUAUAUUUUGUGGACAUUGCUUUACACGUAUGCGCCUAAUUAUAUUUU